GAAGUGAAGCAAACUCUCUCUGCCAGGAAGGGGAUUAAAGAAAACCAAACAUGACGUCUCUCUCCAAAAUGCUGUUUUGUUUCAGGUGACAGGGAGGGACUUCGUCCACACACCUUCGGACAACUCGGCGUACUUCCUCCGUCAACCGCGGUGAUAUAUAAACCGAGCGCGUCCAACUGCAGCCGAAGUCCUCCUAUAGUUUACAAGGAGCUACUGGCAAGUCUAGGCUACUGCUGGAAGGAAGUGUCUCUCUGUCUCUGUCUCUCUCUGUGUCUGUCUCUCUCUCUCUUUUAUCCACUAUUCUAACUAGGACGUCGGAAGAGUGUCGCCUGGCAACGCAGACACAAGAUCCAGCCGUAAAGUAGAAGAUUAAAUCAAGACUAGGGAUUUCCUACAUCCCGUCACAUAUUUUUAAAGAAGCAAACAUGAAUGCUCCGCACUUUGCCAUAGACUUUCUGGUGUUGUGCAUAUCUUUCGGAGCAAGUGUAUUGGCAGCCAACUCUCCCACCGUGUCCUCGACGCUGCCAGACACCAAUUUCACCGACCUUGGCGCAGCGUUCAGCCACGGAGAAGCAGACAGCGAGAAUAGUCCCCUGACCAGGAGGAAGCGUUAUAUUUCCCAAAACGACAUGCUUGCCAUACUUGAUUACCACAAUAAAGUAAGAGGGAAAGUUUUCCCUCCUGCAUCCAAUAUGGAGUACAUGAUGUGGGACGAGACCCUGUCUAAAUCAGCGGAGGACUGGGCCCACGCGUGUCUGUGGGAGCACGGACCUCGACACCUCCUCAGGUUCCUGGGCCAGAACCUCUCGGUCAGGACCGGACGCUACCGCUCUAUUCUCCAGUUAGUGAAGCCCUGGCAUGAUGAAGUGAAGGAUUAUGUGUUCCCAUACCCCCAGGACUGCAACCCCAGGUGCCCCCUGAAAUGCUACGGGCCCAUGUGUACACAUUAUACACAGAUGGUUUGGGCCACAACAAACAAAGUUGGCUGUGCUGUACACACAUGUCACAAUAUGAACGUAUGGGGGAACGUGUGGAAACGGGUAACAUACUUAGUGUGCAACUAUUCAUCCAAGGGGAACUGGAUCGGAGAGGCGCCCUAUAAAGUCGGCGUCCCGUGCUCCGCCUGUCCCCCGAGCUACGGAGGGUCCUGUUCCAACAACAUGUGCUUCCCAGCCCUCAACACAAACUAUCUGCAGUGGUUCAAAUAGAGUCUCAAAUCACAGCCCUAUUCUCUAUGUAGCCCUAUGGGACCCUGGUCAAAUGUAGUACACUACAUAGGGAAUAGGGUUCCAUUUGGGACGGAGACUAACACCAAGCUAACGUCAUGACCCCUGACCCCAACACAGAGACUUUCCCCCCUGAAGGAUUUGUACGACAGUCCUGAAAACAUGCUAUUUUUGUAUAUAUGGGCAUAUUUACGUUGGAAGGCAGCACAUUUUGUUUUUAAAUAUAUAUAUAUAUAUAUAUAAUUAUGUGUACAUAGAAUGUAUAUUAAUGUGGUUUUACGUUGUUACUAGAACUUGUGUUUUUUGUACGAUUAUCCUAUGAUGAAUUGGAUCGAUUGAUUUCCAAGAUAAUUUAUCUUUGAUAGGAUAAUAGAUUGAUAGAUUGAUAGGAAGAUAAUUUAUCUUGUGAACGCUGUUUAAAUACAGAUACUGUUUCAGUAUUACAGUAUUACGGUUUACCGUUGGCCAUGUACCCAUAGGAAGUUGGAUGAUCAUUGACACACCGACUCACAAUGGUCCAACGGAAACAACUGGAGACACCUUGUCAGGUUAUUGACACAGCAGCGCUAGCAAAAAAAAAUAAAAAUAAAAAGUGAUCGCUAACAAACAGUAAACUAUUUUAGCUGGCUAGCUAAUUAUCUUGGCUAACUGUGGAGCAAAACAAUUCACUUAUUUACCAUUAAUUAGCUACCGUAAAUAUAUUUGCUAGCAAAUGCUACGCUGUCUCCUAACCUGCAAGGUGUCGCCAGCGAUGUUUACCUUUUUGCCUCUUUAUGACACCUCCACUUCGUAGGAUGUGGUUCAGAUGCAUUUUGAAGUCUGAGGUAAAGACAAAGUAACACAGUGCUGGCUGCUAAUUUCAAAUCAAUUAAAUGAUGCUAAACACAGCACUAUACAGCUCUCAAUGGUGCUAAACACACAGAGCACUAUACAGUCUUCAAUGGUGCUAAACACACAGCACUAUACAGCUCUCAACGGUGCUAAACACACAGCACUAUACAGCUCUCAAUGGUGCUAAACACACAGAGCACUAUACCUUAUUAUGACAUUUACAUUUAACAUUUUAGUAGACGGUCUUAUCCAGAGUGACUUACAGUAGUGAAUGCAUACAUUUCAUAUAUUUUUUUUCUUUCCGUACUGGUCCCUCGUGGGAAUUGAACCCACAACCCUGGCAUUGCAAACGCCAUGCUCUACCAACUGAGCCACACGGGACCAGGUCUCAAUGGUGCUAAACACACAGCACUAUACAGCUCUCAAUGGUGCUAAACACACAGAGCACUAUACAGUCCUCAAUGGUGCUAAACACAGAGCACUAUACAGUCCUCAAUGGUGCUAAACACACACAGCACUAUACAGCUCUCAAUGGUGCUAAACACACAUAGCACUAUACAGCUCUCAAUGGUGCUAAACACACAUAGCACUAUACAUCCUACACAUCAUUCUCUAGCAUUUUUAUACAGUAGGUUCAGUGAAAUGUGUAUACCGUGACAGAUUAGAAGUAUCCGGGUAUGUCCUUACGACAGAUUGGACUGCCAAUGUGUUUGGGUGUGUGGCAUGGUUCUGUUGGCAUACUCUGUUCACUAGACAUCUUCAUGUGCCUUAAUAAGUGUUUAUUCUAUCAGAGCAUUACCAGCUGUAUGUAUAUAGAUAAACCCUCACUCUCUGUCUAAUCAUAUCCUUAUACUACAUUCAUACUUAAAGUUAUUCUUUUUUUUAUACGGCAUAAGUAUUUCAUUGAAGGAUUUUUUUUUUUUGUAUUGUAAAAAUGAACUGUAAAUAAAUAUGUAAAGGAAUUA